AUGUUACUUACAACGACAAUAGCAUCACACCUAAACAAUAUAUUCCCCGAUCUGAAGCCCUCCCCUCCCCACCUCCCACCCCUCACCGAUACCAUCCUCCACUAUAUCCAACCCAACUACACCCUCAUCCCCCGCGGUCUCCUCACCACCAGCUCCCCCUUCAUCGCGAACUAUAUUGGUCCUGCUCCUCCACCCGGUAGUGCACCACACCAAUACACCUUUUUCCUAUGCACGCAGUGGAGGAAAACGCUGAGAAAUUGGCAUCGGAUGCGCUUUGGAGAGAAUGGGGCUGAGGGGAUUGAUUGCAGUGAAAUGGUUGUGAGUAACUAG